AUGUAUAAGUGGAAGGAUUACUGGCCUUGGGGCAGGCCGGGAGGAGGGGCACCGUGUGCCGGUGCGCUGCGAAAGAAGAACGUCCCCCUGGAGCCACCGGCAAAACUGUCGGCCCGCACUCCUCGCUCGAGUUGUUUCGACCUGCAAUUGAUCUCCCAGGAGCAGCUACGGCGAACCACGUCCGUGCGAUACGCGGCAACGGACGCCACUCGCCCUGGAUACAUCAUAGAUUCUUUGAGAUCCUCAAAGGCCAACUGUCGAAAUUACGCGGUACAGCUCGUCGAACAGAUACGUCAAAAGCAAGCAAUCUCAGAGAAGGAGCAUCGCAGGGACGAGGCCGAGUGUCGUCGGCACUUUGACGCGUGGGAGAGACUCUGGGGAAGCAGAAUCGAUCUGCAGCAGCUCCACCGGCGCAACAAUCUCCACCAGAUUCUCUACACCACCGCCGGACCGUAGAAUUAGUCGUCCACCACCACCACAACCACCCCGUCCUACU